AUGAGUCCGAGCUCCUGGCCCCCUUACGGGUACGACCAGAUCGCCAGUACAGCGAUGGCCGAGAUCAUGAUCAAGUGGAUACGGUCCUUCGCAGAAUUUUUAGAUCAAGCAGCGAGCACCAGCGACGUGGGAAAGAAGCCACAGGCGCUGUUCGAGGCGUGUGUGGCAGAUCGUUCGACGGACUUUUCCGAUGUCAAGCGCUUUCGUGGAUUUCUAUCUGAGCUCAACCUUUCGUGGCCGGAGCAGCCGCCUGUAGUGCCCAGCGCGCUGGGUGUGCUGAUCGACUUAGCCUUGAAUUGGCACGACACCUUCUGGCUCACGCUCAGAGUGGAUGCGGGUAACGAUUCGCAGACGGAGAAGCGUCGCAGAAAGAGGUUGCUGAUAACACCGGGAAGCGAAGAUACACUCGCCUUCUUCGCCAGAAACCAUUUUCACGUGCUAAAGCACAACGCUUACAUGGAUUACUGGAAGAUGCAUUUCAAGGCGCUCUACGGAAACCAAACCAUCCCUCUCACGGAAAAAGACAUCUUCGAAAGCUGCUCGCUACAGACGAUGGUUGUGAAUCUCCUGCUCGACGCCAUGAAACGGAAAACGAAGGUGCCGCUUCUCAUUCCACUCUCUCGCAUCGGCGAUUACACGGGAAGACUGAAUUCGUCACUGUGGUUGGACCAGCUCAACUCUCACGCUAACGAACGAUUCUCAUUCACUAGCGAAGACGAAGCGUUUGUCGAAGACCACUACUAUCUUGAGGCAAUCGGUGAACUAUUCACAAAGUACGACGAUGAAGUCUUGCUCCGUCAAAUGUCUUGGGAGUUCGUUCAGACCCACAUCGUCGUGUUGGACAAAGCGCCCUUGGAGAUAGCCCUUUGGGGUGAAGUCCACGCUGCACGUUACAUUCCACUCUACUGCGCUAUGUACGUCGAAGACGUCUACAGGCCGCUCCUAGCUUACUUGUACUCCACUUCACGUCUGACAUAUCGCGACCGCCUUCUUGUCAACACUGGCCUGGAGAGCGUCGUGCGACAAGUCACGAGGAAGGUGAAAACGUCCUGGUUCAGCGAACCAAGCAAAGCGACAGCCCUGCAGAAGUACACGUCCAUGCGCUUCAGACUGUGGCCACCGGACCUCCCCCAAGAAGAAGUCGAAAGGUUCUACAGAUGCUUUCCCAACAGUGGGAGGUCCUUUGUGCAGAUAUGGAUCGAAGGACACGAGUGCAUGCGUCGUGUACCGGACACUCCUUUUCAAGAGAGCAGUCGUGGUAUGCACAGCGUCAUAUCUUCCCGCUCAUUCAUUUACGACUACCUUUCAAACUCCAUUGACGUGGCCAUUACAACUUUCUCUCGCCCCGUUUAUUACUCAUACGGGACGAGAGCCAUGUUUUAUGGUGGCGUAGGGUUCUUGUUCGCCUCGCAAAUAAUGAAGGCGCAAGAUCCGACGGGUCUCUACAUUACAGCUAACGAAAGCGUUGUGGAAGGUUCCUGGAUGGCACCCUACGACUCGGAUGAGUUCCAGAACAGGGUUCAGUGCCUUGGCAACGGUACCGAAGAUUACCUCGUCUCCCACGUCGCUGCGCUGGAAGUUGCGUACUCGGCGUUUGCCGCAGGCGACGACAUCGAUUACAGUCGCCGUCCAAUAAGCAGGAACCUGACGGAAGCCCAGGUCUUCUUCUUGAUGUUGUGCCAUGCCAUGUGCCACGUCGCGAGGCCUGUGCGAGAUCUAUCCACCGACUGCAACAUGCUGCUCAAGAACUCCCCGCACUUCUCCGAAGCCUUCCACUGUGCUCGCGGAUCGCCAAUGAAUCCGGAAAGAAAAUGCGGCUUCUUCGAAUGA